AUGAUGAUGAUGCUAUGGUGUGGUGUCAGCAUCCGAUACACUGCGGCAUUCUCCACAACAAAGACGGUGAUGGUGAGACCAAUCACCGCUCGCAUUCUUUUUCACCAAACAUCAUCAAAACAGUCAAGAUUGUUCUUGUCCACAACGACAUCCGAAAAGGUCAGCAGCAGCAGCAGCAGCCAUGUAUCGCUCUAUGGGAUUGACUGGGUCCGAACUGCCGUGGUGAAAAGUCUCAACGAUCUGUUUGAUCCCAAAGAAGUUGCACGAGGCAAUGCCUUGGCCAAACUCAACAAACCAAAAAAGAAGAAAAAGAAAAAGAAGAAACAACAGCCAGAAGAAGAUGAACAACAGCAACCACAACCAGAGGAACCAACCAUGUCCAAAGAAGAAAAGAAUGCCAUUGUCGAUGCCGCCGUGGCAGCUGCCAAACCAUUCUCCUACGAAGAUGUCAUGGUGACACCGGCCACCAGAGAUGAUUUUGGGGAUUAUCAAUGCAACGCUGCCAUGGGAUUGGCCAAGGCUGUGGGAAUGAAUCCAAGAGAAUGUGCCACCAAGAUUGUGGAACGUCUCCGACCGGACAUUCAAGAUAUCAUGGAAGAACCCGAGAUUGCCGGUCCGGGCUUUAUCAAUCUAAGAUUCAAACAAGAGUACUUGGCUGCCGCUGCCAGGGCCAUGGCACAAGAUGCACAAGGAAAAUUGGCCAUUCCGCCCACUUCCAACCAAAAAAAGAUUGUCGUAGACUAUAGCAGUCCCAACAUUGCCAAGGAAAUGCACGUGGGACAUUUGAGAUCCACCAUUAUUGGCGACACACUCUGCAAUCUUCUCGACUUUUGUGGACACGACGUUGUCCGGCUCAAUCAUGUCGGUGAUUGGGGCACCCAGUUUGGAAUGCUGGUAGAACACUUGAGAGACGAAUACCCUGCGGCACUGAACAAGGAAACGUCGCAGGAUGUCGACCUGGGUGAUUUGGUCAUGUUGUACAAGGCGGCGAAGAAACGGUUCGAUGAAGACGAAGAUUUCAAGACAAGGGCCCGGGAAGGAGUUGUCAAGUUGCAGGCUGGGAAUGCCGAAGAAAUUGCUGCCUGGGAGUCGCUGUGUGCGGCUAGUCGAGUAGAGUACCAAAAGAUCUAUGACGUGUUGAACAUUAAGGGUCUCGAAGAACGAGGAGAAUCAUUCUACAAUCCGCUGUUGUCUGGUGUAGUCGAAGACUUGGAAAAGCAAGAGCUGGCAGUGGAGAGUAACGGCGCCAAGGUGGUCUACCUGGAAGGUUACGAAGCCCGUGACGGCAGUCCUCUUCCCAUCUUGGUUCAAAAGUCCGACGGCGGCUUCAACUAUGCUACGACCGAUCUAGCGGCAAUUCGACAACGCACAACCAUCGCUGCCUCCGAGGGAGGAGAAGAGGCUGAUCGUGUCUUGUAUGUUACGGAUUCAGGACAAGCACAGCAUUUUGACAUGGUCUUUCAGGCUGCUAGAAAGGCAUCGUUUAUACCCGAUUCCGUUUCGCUCGAGCACGUUCCCUUUGGCUUGGUACAAGGCGAGGACGGCAAAAAGUUUGCCACUCGGUCCGGUGACACAGUCAAGCUAAAAGACUUACUGAACGAAGCAGUUCGAAUUGCAGGGGACGAUCUCAAGUCGCGCAACGAAGACAGCAGCGACGCGGCGUUUGCGGAGCGAAUCGACCGUGUUGCCACUAUCGUGGGUAUUGCCGCCGUCAAAUAUGCCGAUCUUUCCAUGAACCGGGAAUCCAACUACCGCUUCAGCUACGAACGCAUGUUGAGUCUCAAUGGGAACACGGCUCCGUACAUGCUGUAUGCAUACGCCCGUAUUUGUGGUAUCAUUCGCAAAGCCAGUGGCCAAGAAGGUAGCGACGGCGACUUUGAAUGGCCGGAGGCCUCGGAUGUCAUAAUAUCCCACGACACCGAACUGGAACUGAUCCGAAACUUGGUGAAAUUGCCGGAUUUGAUCAAUGAUGUGGAGCAAAGCUUGUACCCUCACAAGCUUUGUGAAUACCUCUUUCAGACGAGUCAAAAGUUCAAUCAGUUUUACGGAGCUUGCUCUGUCAACAAUGCGGAUACCCCGGAACUGAAAGCCAGCCGUCUGACGCUGUGCACGGCCACAGCUGGGACAAUUCGAUUGAUUCUGAACUUGCUCGGCAUUCAAACAGUGGAGCGUCUGUAG